CGGUCCUUCUUCUUGUCCUUUUUCUUCCUCAAGCUGUGAAGAAGGUGGCGGCCUUGAAAGCCCCCCCCUCGUUUCGUCGCUGCUAGGGAGGAAGCAUUCCGACGAGAUUCCUUUGUAUUCGCUGGUUCUCUCUGUCCAUCGUUUUUUUUCGGUUUGUGUUUCCUCUGUUCUCUUUUUCUCUCUUUUCUUUUUCCUUUCUCCCUCGCGAAGGUUGCGCGUUCAGUGUCCGUCUCCGCGGCCAUUCGUUGUCUCUCUCGCCGGAUCGACACUCGCACGCGGGGCCUGUCUCUCGGGGCUGGGGACCUGCCCGUCAGCUUUCUCCCCCUUCGUCGCGUCGCUUCUUCUUUUCUUUUUUCUCGAUCGGUCCAUCUCUUUUCGACUGCUCAGUCCGCGCGUCAGGAAAAUUCGUCGCUCGCCCGCUUCUUCCACCCCAGCAGCUCUCAGGCACACAACUUCGCAGAGCCUUCCUCGUCGCCUCGGGCCUCUCCAGCUUCUCCGGGGACGCGAAGCGAACCUCCUCGUAGAGGAAGCGAAGAGGGCAAGCAGCACUGAGAGAGGGCAAAGGGAACGAGGAGGAAGAGCAAGGACAGCGAAGACGAAAAGAAGAGCGCGAGUGGGCUCCGGCCGUUAAAAAAAAGUCUUCUCUCUGUAUCUGUGCACCAUGUCGAGCUCAGAGAACGGUCACGGCGAACUGGCCUCAUCCCGAAAACACAAGGAGCGGAGACACAGAAGAAACGAAGAAGAGAGAAAGAAGGAGAGAGAAGAAACGCAGAGAGAAGAGAGAGAAAGAGAAAGAGAGAGAGAGGAUCGAAAUUCGGUGAGAGAUCGUCGGAGGGAGGCUGAGGACAGCUCGAGCGACUCUGACCGGGAGACGAAGCCCAGGGAAAGGAGACCUGCAGAGUUGACCGACUCCGAUGACGACCGCAGACCUGCGGCUGGGCAUGGAGUGAGCGCGGACGGCGAGAAAGACACAAGUCGAGGAGGCGAAGAGGAAAAACGAAAGGAACAGAGAGAAGAUGAACGGCGAAAACCUGGAGGAAUGAAGCCUGCAUCCACUUCGACACACUCUGACGGUGACGAAAGCAGUGACGACGACAGCUUUGGCCCAGCGCCUGUCGCGAAAGGCGGCCGAGGCGCGCCGGGCCUCGUCAAGCGUCGUCGUCUGGUUCCUCACGAGGAGCUUUACUUGAAGAAUCUUCCCCACGAAGAAAGAUAUUUCAGGUCCUUCAUGCACAGAGACGAAGUUUCUCACGUGGUGGCGAGUCCUCUCCAUCGCUUCAUCAUCACGGGCAGCGUCGACGGCCAUGUCAAGUUUUGGAUUCGCGAGGGCGAAGACAUCGAAUUUGUUAAACAUUUCCGCGCCCAUGUGGGGGCACUGCACUGUCUCUGUGUCUCCUCGGCCGACGGCGGGGCGGUUGUGGGGUCCGUCGGAGGAGACAGAACGUUCCGUCUGUUUGAAGUCGUCACUUUCGACAUGCUUUGCCUCCUCAAGCUUCCCUUCGAGCCUCUCGCCUGCGAGUUCGUUCACGGUAGAGAGGAACCUGCGCCGGUCGUUGCCAUCUCGGCGAAGGAGACUCCAGAAAUCUUCUUGUACAAGCCCACACUGAGCUCGGAGUCGGUGGGGAGCUUCUCGCUCCACAUGGCCCCUGCCCAUCUGCUGCGAUUCAAUGCGGCGCUGGACGUCUGCGUCUCAGCCGACAAGGACGGAGGCCUCGAAGUCUGGUGCACAGACAGCUACCAGAGAGCGACGCGCGACAACCGGAUGGGCAAGAUUCGCUAUUCCCUUAAAAGCGAAACAGAUCACUUUGAGCUGGCCAAGGUCAAGACCUACGCGCUCGCGCUCGCAGUGGCGCCGGACGGCCAGCUUCUGGCCGUUCUGUCCGCCGACUCGACUCUGCGGAUCUUCCGCUUCACCACGGGAAAGAUUGCAAAGGUUUACCUGGAAACCGUCGACAUGUACGAAACGGCACAGAACGAUCCGCAGCGACGCGCGCUGCAUGUCGACGCCCUCGACUUCGAGCACCGCCUGGCGGCGGAGAAAGAACUUUCGAAGGCUCGAGGCAGAGCAUGGCAAACGAUGAGCUUCGACGAAAGCUCGAACUUCCUCGUCUAUCCCUCCAUGCUCGGCAUCAAGAUUGUGAACGUCAAAGACAACCGCCUCUGCCGCAUAAUUGGGAAGCCCGAACACAGUCUCCGGUUCCUCGCCGUCGCCGUCUACCAAGCGAAGGCACAAAAGAGGAAAGCAACGACAACGGUGAUUCUGGGGAAGAACGCCAAGACGCAAGAGAACAAGGAGGAGAGCCGAAUGGACUCCGUCAUUGUUGCCUCCGCCUUCAAGAAAAACAGAGUCUACUUUUUUACUGCGGACUCGCAGAAAGAAGGCCUCGUCGACUUGCGAGAUGUCUUCAACGAAAAGCCUUCCAAGGAAGAACAAGAAGCUCUCGCACCAAGUGCCUCUUCUGCGAUUGCGCCCUCUCUGCGGUCUGGGCGCACUGCCACGAUUUUCACGACAAUGGGGGAUAUUUUCAUUCGUCUCUUUCCUCAAGAAUGUCCGAAGACCGUGGAGAACUUCUGUACGCAUGCACGCAACGGCUACUACGACCAGUGCAUCUUCCACCGUGUCAUUAAAGGGUUCAUGAUUCAAACUGGCGACCCUAACGGCGACGGCACAGGAGGUGAAUCGAUUUGGGGAGGCGACUUCGAGGACGAGUUCCACCGGGCUCUGAAGCACGAUCGACCGUUCACUGUGUCGAUGGCAAAUGCAGGGCCGAACACAAACGGCUCUCAGUUCUUCAUCACAACGGUGCCUUGCAGUUGGCUUGACAACAAACACACAGUGUUCGGCCGCGUCGUUCAGGGGAUGGACGUCGUGACGAAAAUCGAGAAUGUGGCGACCAACGUUGAGGACAAACCGAAGCAAGAUGUGAAACUUUUGACCAUCAAAGUCACUUCCUAAGUGGAACUCUCGAAGGAUUUUCCAUGUGUCUGCGCACCGGGCUGAUUGCAGGAAGAGACGCUGUUUAGGUUUCCUUCGCUUCGGCGCGAGUGUUCGAUGGCCAGCUGUUACCAAGACAAACGCCUCCGCUUUGUGACAAAAGUUUAGCUUUCAAAUAUGCAUUGUCAUUUCUCCGCCAGAGUCGGUGGAACGCUGUAGCGUAAAAGGCAGGUGGUUUUGCUUCGGAGAAACUGGUCUACUCAGUACUCGAACUCCAGCAAAUCCGUCAGCAAGCAAGCUCGAUUGUAAGAGCCAAGGCUCGUAGACUCCUUUUCUGGAACUCGUAGAUAUCGCUACACGACGAUUCCCCUGAUAGAGCUCAAAAGGACUUCAACGACGACUUCCGUCCUGGAUAAAUACCCGAUGCUACAAAUCGAAAUUGAACAGUUCGCAUAGACUCAACAACCUCGUCUGGUCCCUCGGGAAAUUCGAAGUUGCUUAGUGUCCCCGAACGCGGCUUUUGCACUACAUUCGUCACUGCGCACCCAGUUGAUGGACAUCGAGUCCGGCAUACUGCUGCUUUCUUAUGUGUCGAGGCUCGGACAAUCUAGAAAGCAACUCACCAUUCCGAGGCGGAUAAAAGUGGUUUUUGUCGAGCGAACGUCUAUGACCUCACCUCAUUCAGUACGUCCAUAGGAGAACAUGGCCACCACAGUUUUAAGCGGAAGGAAAUUAGAACACCGAAAGAAUCGUCUCUUCUGGAGGCAACACGAGAAUAGUGGGACGAAGAGGCAUUUUGUCCUCAUCGUACGCGAAGAGUCAGUCUUCUUGUGCGAGGAUGUGCCUGCUCCACUCCCGUCUAUAUUGCGGGUUCCCAAGUGAUCACAUCUACGUGGUGGGGGGAGGAGCUGCAAACUGUCGCGGGAUGAAGUGUGUGUGGUCUGCUAACUCGAAAGACAGGGCUUAGGAGUACACGAGAAUUCUUCUCUCCUCAGACUGUGUCAAGUGACUCUUGACAGGUUGAUUUGCCUGCUUGCCAUGAUUGCGAAAUAGAUUCGUCCACAAGGAGUUCUACGCAUCUUUGUAUUCGGUUUUUUCUCGUGGAAGUGUCCCUCAAAUCUACCGUUGCAGGUAGCGAUACUAAAUCUGCCAGUUCUCCGGAAAAUGGGGCGCCAUCUGGCAUAACGUGCCGGCAACGCUGGCGUGUACAAACGUCAGAAGCAUCUUGUACAUUCGCUGGCG